GGGGGGGGUUAUAUGGGGGUUUCGAGUUGAGUGUGGUUAAAAUGAGGGAGGGGAGGAGGAUCGAAGAGAGUUUAUUCUAGAAAUGGGAAAAGAAAAAGUAAAAAGCAAAAGAAAAAGAAAGACGGAGAUAGCGAAAGAUGAGAAACAAAUGUUAAGUCAAAUGACAAGUAUAAAUUUUGCUUUUUUUUAAAGAUGGGAAAGAAGUACACCAAAUUAGGGUGAAAAUUGUGGGAAGUCCAGCGGGAAUAAAGUGGAUGAUGGAAUGGGUGUUUGUCUGAAGGUAAGAAAAGGGAAAGGAAGAGAGAGGGAGGGAAGAGGGAGGAGGGAGGAGGGGUGCCGGUGGAUUGUGGUUUGUAAGUCAAAGUAAGGAAGCACUGUUCGGAUUAAACAUACGUUGGGUGGACAAGACGAAACAAGCAAGCCUCAGAGCAUGGAUGCAAAGUCGUUUGAGGUCGUGACAAUCGGCGACAGAAUCUGAGAUGCGUUCAAGGAAGGAAAAUGGCGUGGAUGAUAAAAGAGAUAAUAGGGAAAUAUUAUUUCCCUUUGUUUUUUUUUCUUUUUUUUUUCUCUGCCCUGGCUGGAAUUUAUUUCUUAGUUAUUAUUCUUUUUUAGUCUCCCCUCUCCCUCGGAAGUUUUUGUUCCUGAAAACCUUCUUUUAAAAAUAAAUUUUCGUAAGGGAACUAGAAAAAAAAAAUUAUAUUCCCUUUUUUUGUUUUUUUUAAUUUCCCUUUUUUACCCGUCUGGGGAGAGGAGAGUGAGUGUAGGCGGGCAGACAACAGGAAAACCAACCCUUUGGCGGGUGGAAGGGAGAGGUGGGCUCUGCUUUGGGUUUGGAUGGAGUCGAGUACGGCAAAAAAACUGCUCAGUCCCAAAAGCGAGAGAGGGACCAAAGAGAGCGAGGAGAAUAAAUCACACGCAAGCAAAGCACAACAACUGAAGGGAGAGAAAAAAGAAGAGAGAGACAAAAGAGUCAGUAGGCAAAGCAGUCCUACGGAGGGGAAGGCUU